AUUUGCUCCCACGUCUCGAAGAAUUAUGAUUGAUAUGUGUUGAUAAACUUGAUAUAUGGACUACCAUGGAUCUUCCAUAACCAAUAUUGAAUGCUUUGUCCAAUUCACCGUUGACAUCACACACCUGUCCAUCCCUCGUUGUGCCAACCGACCCAACAGCCCACGAUAUCCCCCAUGGCUCCUCUCCUCCCAUUCAGGGACAUCAAUGUCCAUGUUUCAGGCUCCCACUACUCCUUCCUCUCCCCCUCCUCCCCGAAUUCACCAACCCUCGUCGUGGACCGUCCGUCCGGCGACCUACGGCUGCACGAUGGCAAGCUGCUCGGAGCACGGCGCAUAUCGAGCAUCGCUGGCAUCUUAGGCAUCAUCCGGCUCCGACUCGACAAAUACAUCGUCGUCAUCUCGAAGGCGCGACCGGUCGGACGGAUCCGGGGUCAUAUGACCUACAAAGUUCAGGAGACCGAGCUCCUCCCUUUGCGCGAACGACCGUUGCAUGAUCAUGACGAGGAUACAUAUGUAGCGUUGCUCAAGUCAAUGCUGAAAACGGGACCUAUGUACUUCUCCUACUCAAUCGACAUUACGAACAGCUUCCAGAGACAGGGACAGGCGGAUCUGGCUUUGCCACUGUGGAAACGCGCAGACGAUCGGUUCUUCUGGAAUCGAUUCAUUCAGUCGGACCUGAUAGACUUGCGAUCCGGUCUGGCAACCACCGCUGGAUACCGCCAUUCUCAAGGACCGCAACCGGGAGCCGAUCCUUACAUUUUGCCGGUUAUCUUUGGAGUCUUGGAAAUUCGACCCACGACGAUUAAGACUACACCGCUCACAUACAUCUUGAUCACGAGAAGAUCACGACAUCGAGCAGGUACGAGGUAUUUCUCCCGAGGGAUAGACGAAGAAGGUCAUGUUUCAAAUUUCAAUGAGACCGAACAAACGAUCGUUUUGAACGACAGUGGCAAUGGCGGAUUCGGCGGGAGACUCGGAUCGGACAACAAGGAAAUGCAGGUUUUGUCAUAUGUCCAGACGAGAGGCAGCGUCCCCGUCUACUGGGCGGAGAUCAACACGUUGAAAUACAUACCGAAGCUCCAGGUUCGCCCGAUCGAGAGUUCCGUGCGCUCGGCGAAGUUGCACUUUGACGAGCAGAUCCAGACGUACGGUGACAACUAUCUGGUCAACCUGGUGAAUCAAAAAGGGCGAGAAAUUCGAAUCAAAGAAGCCUAUGAGCAACUGGUCAAGAUCGUCGUCUCUAGCCCAAGGGAAGGCGUCGAAGCUGAUAAGAUCACCGACGAGAAAUUGCACGUUAUCGAGCCGAAGAAGGAGAAGUCGAAAUAUGAUCGACUCCAUUAUGUCUAUUUUGACUUCCAUAACGAGACCAAGGGCCUUCGCUGGCAUCGUGCACAACUCCUGCUUCAGCAAUUGGAACAGGGACUCCGGGCGGACGGCUACUUCCGCGGCGUGGACUAUCCAGGCGAUGCCGACGGCCGAAUGGAAGUCCGCAACCGGCAGACGGGCGUCGUUCGCACCAACUGCAUGGACUGUCUCGACCGGACGAACGUGGUGCAAAGCAUGCUCGGCCGCUACAUGCUUACCCGCAUGUUGAUCGACCUGGGAAUUCUCCGCGAAGGCGAUGAAAUCUCCCAGGAACUGGAAUUCGAGAACCUGUUCCGGAAUAUUUGGGCGGAUAACGCGGAUAUCGUGUCGAAGGCAUACUCUGGCACCGGGGCGCUGAAGACGGAUUUCACCCGGACCGGCAACCGAACGAAGGCAGGCAUGGCGCAGGACUUGAGCAACUCGUGCACGCGAUACGUGAAGAACAAUUUCCUCGACGGCCCGCGACAGGACGCGUACGAUCUGUUCCUGGGAACCUACCUGCCAUCCACCGGCGGCGCCGGCAGCAAUCUGAUCUUCGUCGAUCGGCGUCCCCUCUUCAUCCAAGCGAUGCCGUACUUCCUCGCCGCGAGCAUCUUUUUCGUCCUGGUCGGCUCGUUCGCACGACGGGAUACUAGCACCGCCGUCUGGCCGUUCCGGUUGAUCAUGCUGGUCUUCCUUGGCAUUGGGGCGGCGACGUUCCAUUUCAUCUGGUCGCAUGGGACGCUCUUCGUUAAUUGGCCGAAACUCAACACCCCGCCAUACGCGGUCGAGGGAUAUCAGGAUGCAUUGGACCGUGUCCGCACGAAUCCAAUAUUGGGCAGCACAGUGGCACGGCAUGAGAGGGGCAAGAGCAUCGCCCGACUCGGCUUCAUGGAAGAAGGGAAGAAGCGCAUUGAAUAGAGCUAUUGUUGGCUGGCGUUUCUGCUCUUCCCGGAAAUAUUGCCCGCAAUUCUCGAUACGACAUACCCCCAAUUGUUCGUUCAUCCCCUUCAUCUGUACAAUCCAAUUAGAGUCCUCAGCAUCCUCGUAUUCGAUAUGGUCGGAGUGAUCAGUAAU